ACACGAAAAAAGCUGGCCUGCCGCACAGUUACGCCGCUCAACACCUGCGAGGUUGAAAAGGGCGUGCCACCCACCCUUCGCCAACGUUUCGGCAGCGUCACCAGCUCCUUCUCAACUUUGCACUCAUUUACACUACCCUGCGCAUCGGCCGAUCGCUCGCAGCGUCCCAAAACAGCUCCGGCGAGGGUGCCCUCGCGGUUUCUCGCGUUUCGUGCCCGCACCACGAAAGCUCGAGAGGAACAUCGGCGGCCAUCACGAAGGGUUCGCCUAUGCGAACGACUCGCAUCCGAGCGGCUCAGCAAGUCCGUCGAGCUUAGGCUAGCGACAACCCGACGCUCCUUUCUGCGAGCCCGUGUCCGCGACGCGGUGAAGCUGCCCACUAUAGAGCUUGGGCGAAGCGCAAGCCCGGCCCGAAGGCCUGCAACCUCAGGCCAUCAUGUCGUUUGGCACUGGUGGCGGGUUUGGGAGCUUCGGCUCGAACAAUAACCAGAACACCGGCAACUUCGGCGGAUUUGGCGCAAACAAUCCUACGUCAGGCUUUGGAGCCGGCAACACUGGCACCGGCUUUGGCCAGACUACCAACACAGGCGGCGGCAUGUUUGGUGGCACCGCCAACCCAAGUGGUUUCGGCGCCUCGACAGCCGGUGGAUUUGGAGCGAACACCGGCGGCGGAUUCGGUAACAAACCCGCUUUUGGCGGCGGUUCAACGACUGCUGGUGGCUUGUUUGGCGGCGCGUCCGCGAACACAGGGUCUACCGCGUUCGGGGCUUUCGGUGGUGGCAAUACCGCGACCACGGCAUCUCCUUUUGGGGGUGGUAAUACAGCCGGCAGCGGUCUGUUCGGCAACAAUGCUCAAAAGACAGGCUUCGGCACCACAGGCACCACGGGGACAUCACUGUUCGGUGCCGGUAAUGCCAACGCGGGGAGCGGCUUUGGUGCCACCAGUGGCUUUGGGGCGACAAACAACCCCGGCAUAGGGGGCGGCGUCGGAGACCCUCCAGGCACCGCGUCCACUCCAUUCCAGGCUUUCACUGAGAAGGAGCCGGCCAAUAACCAAACUAGCUCGUUCCAGAACAUCUUGUUCCAAGAACCCUACAAGAAGUGGUCUUCGGAGGAGCUUCGAUUGACCGACUAUGUACAAGGACGACGCCAUGGCAAUGCCAGUGGAGCUGGAGCGUUCGGGGUUGGCUCCAACUUCGGUGGUGGGUUUGGAACAAGCAAUCAGACCGCGGGCGCGUUCGGCGGUAACACGAACAAUACCACCGGUGGGCUCUUCGGUGCUUCCAAUACCAACGCCAAUGCCGGCAAUACCACAGGUGCCUUUGGACAGACUGGAACUGGCACCUUUGGCGCCUCUGCCAACCAAACAACUGGCGGUGGUCUGUUCGGAGGAAACAAGCCAAGCGGUGGCUUGUUUGGUGGUGCUCAGACUCAGCAGCAACAGGGCGGCGGCGGCUUAUUUGGGGCAAAUGCCGCUGGAGGCUUCGGCUCUACCGGUAACGCGACAAACAAUGCGUUUGGCGCUGCGAAUACGAACACCGGUGGCGGCUUGUUUGGUGCCAACACACAGACAAAUAAGCCACAGGGCACGGGUUUCAGUUUUGGCAACGCAAAUACCGCGAACGCAAACACCGGCGGCUUUGGCAACGCGGGCAGCGCGUUCGGCGCUUCCAACGCCAAUACCGGAGGAGGUCUUUUCGGCAAUUCUGGCAAUCAAGCCAACAGUGGAGGCUUGUUUGGCCAAAACCAGCAGCAGCAACAACAGCAGCCGCAGCAGCAGCAGCCGAAUGCUGGCAACGCCUUUGGGGGCGGUUUCGGAGCGCAAACCCAGAAUCAGCCGAGUGGCGGUGGGUUAUUUGGUAACAAUCAGCAAAAGCCAGCGACAGGCGGCCUUUUCGGUUCAGGCGCCGCCAACACUGCCGGCGGCGGCCUCUUCGGCGGCAACACAGCUCAACAACAAGGUACAGGCGCAUUCGGAUCGAGUAACAACGCUGCAGGAGGCGGUGGUCUCUUCGGCGCUGCCAAACCCAACACCGGUGGUGGUCUCUUUGGAGGGGCCACCACUCAGUCGAAUGCAACUGGAGGAACAGGACUGUUUGGCGGUCCGGGUCCGGGAACUCAGAAUCAGCAACCAACUGGCUCAUCACUCUUCGGCGCUGCUGGCAGCAGCACUCAACAGAAGCCUGGCGGUCUCUUUGGGUCGACGACCCAACCCGCGGGCUCAAGCCUCUUUGGUGGGCAAGCCACUCAGAACCAGGGCAGCUCUCUCUUUGGCGGUGCGAAUCAGCAGCAGAGCCAGAGUGCAGGUCUGGGUGGUUCUCUAUUGGGCAACUCUCAGCAAGCCAACAACCCCCCUCAGGGGCUCACGGCGAACCUCAGCGACGUGUCGGCUUACGGGAGCCCAUCUCUGUUCGCCGGUGUCGGGGGCAGUGAAGUUUCCAACCCGGGUCCUCUGGCCACGCCCUUGAAUGGCAACUCCAAACCACGACGAAGCUCCAUUCUGCCCAUGUACAAGCUCGCCCCUGCAGCCGCGUCGAGAUUCGCUACUCCCCAGAAAAGGGGCUUUGGCUUCUCUUAUAGUUCAUACGGUACUCCGGGUGUCAGUCCCGCCAGCAGCAUCUCGAGCACGCCAGGCGCACUUGGCCGCAGCCUUCUCAGCUCGAGCUCUGUCGGCUCGUUGAGCAAGAGCAUGUCGACUAACAAUCUUCGGCGAAGUUUCAACACAGAAGACAGCAUCUUGGCACCUGGUGCUUUCGCGUCAAACUCUAGCUCUCGCUGGUAUGGCAGCACCGGCUCGAAAAAGCUGGUUAUCAACAGGGACAUUAGGAGCGACCUUUUCUCCACGCCUCAGAAAGACAGACCUCUCCUUGAUGGCAGCACCAACUCCCGCAAGCUGUCGAAACGAGUGAGCUUCGAUACAAGGACAGUCGACGGGGAGGAUAGCACGCCGGUGCGGAGCACACUGCCAGCUCCUGAGGCGGCUACCGAGGUUCCGACCGAUGAGACCACCCCCCGGCAGAACAGGUCUUCCCUGGGAUCAAACGGCUCCAAGACCCCAGAGGUGGAGCAAGUGAAGGGCAAUGAGCUUGCCAUUGUACAUGAAGAGGACAACUCGGUCACACCAGCAACGCCGAGCUCGUCCGGGUUCGACAACAUGCCAGGAGAAUACUGGAUGCGACCUUCCAAGGAAGAGCUUUUGGGCAUGAACCGGAUGCAGCGACAGAGAAUCGAUCGUUUCACCGUCGGCCGCGAAAAUGUCGGCUAUAUCAUGUUCAAAGUCCCUGUCGACAUCAGCGGCAUAGAGAUUGAGGAGUUGUGCGGCAAUAUCAUACAGCUCGAGCCUCGCUCUGCCACAGUCUAUCCAGUGCAGGCCAAAAAGCCCCCUGUUGGAAAAGGGUUGAAUGUGCCGGCACAAAUCGCCUUAGAGCAGUCCUGGCCGCGAGGCGGCCGUGACAGGCGAGCCACGAGCGAUUCCAAGCGCUUCGGCAAGCACAUUGAGCGGCUCAAGCGAAUCCCCGACACUACCUUCGAGAGCUACGACACGGAGACCGGUGUAUGGAUCUUCUCGGUUGAGCACUUUACCACGUAUGGCCUUGACGAUUCUGAGGAGGAAUCUGACGAUGACACUGCCCCCCCGGAGCCCAACACCACAUCGCUCGCUGCCCACCCACAGCUGAUUGCUUUGGAUGUGUCUGUCAACUCCGCCAUGGAUGACGACACCUUCGAUUUCAAACAACAGAGAGGCGUUCCCGGUGCAUUUGAAGAACAGGAAGAGCUUUAUCCUGAUGGACACAUCAACAAGCAGUCUUUUUUAGGGGCUAGCUCCGCGGAUCCGGCGACCAACAAUGUUGCGUUGUCACUCGACGAGUAUGACGACAACAUGGGCGACGGAUAUGACCUGUCCGAUGACGAAGACAUGACGAGAUCUUCCAUGGGACUCCAUCAAGCCGCGGAGCAAGACGACAACUCGUCGGAGAAUGAGGUCGAGACGAAGAGAGGUACACCGGGGGGCAUUCUCAGAGCCCGGAUGCGGGCGAUGAAAGACUCCGUUGGUCCGGUGCACUUGGAGGUUGCGGAUGGCGACGACUGGAUGGAGAUGCUGCGCAAGACGGUUAGCCCUGUCAAGACAGACCGUCAUCUCUUGCGAGAGUUGAACGAGUCACCGUCCAAGAAGGCUGGCCAGGAGACGAGCUUCGAGGAUAUCGAACACAACGGCCGGAAAUCGUCAAUAUGGGGGAAGAGUUUCGGCAAGGUGGGCAAACUGAGCACCGCAGCUGCAGGCAGUCAGUUGGCUGCGGAUAAAGGCCGCGGGUUCGCAACCAGCAUCGACUUGAUGAACUCUUUGUUCGAGAAGCCGAAACCCACUCGUCAGAAUCUCCGUGCUUCUGCCUCAGCCAUUGGCUUUCCACAGUGGCCCUACGAAAGACACGACAAAGCGCUCGCAGUGGACGGGGCAGAACAGGCAUUUCAUGACGCCUCGCGACCUACUUGGGGUCCCGACGAGACAUUGGUCUUGACUCGAUCGCUAAACACUUUGCAGUCGUCUCGCCCUUUUCACAAUAACUCUGGUGUUUUAACCCUUCAGAGGUCUGGUAUUCAAAGUGGACGUCAGGACAUUCGCCUAGGGAGGCUUUCAACUGAGACUUCCAAGCAGUUUCUCCGGGCACAAGAUCAGGUCACUGAAAUUCGGGUGGUCGACGGCGUGCCAGCUGCAACCUUGCGCGCCACUCGCCUUCAAGAGUUGUUCCAUCGCCAGGACAUGAAUGACCCGGUCAACAUACACGAGCAGCGAGUUUGGGAGCUCGCAGGUAUCCUUUUCGACAGUGAAACCGGCUCUGACUCUGUCGAGGCCGACCAUGGCCAACGAAAGGCCCGGCUGUCCAAGUUUUGGACCGAGCUCGUGGAGCCUGCCUCGAGCACAAACAUUGGACUUGCAGGCUCAAGUGAAGAGAAGGCCGUCGCUUGUCUCGCGGGCCAUCGAAUUACUGAGGCAUGCCGGCAUCUACUGGACGGCAAAAAUUUCAGAUUGGCAACCUUGGUCCCGCUCAUUGGCACGAGCGAUACCGCCAAAAGCGAUAUGAGGGGCCAGCUUAAGGCCUGGCACGAUUCGAAGAUGCUCUCCGAGUUUACGGAAGCGGUGCGAACGGUCUAUGAACUUCUAGCUGGAAACGUGAGUGUCUGCGAUGGAAUGAAAGACGUGCCCGCGGAGGAUCGGAUGGAGUCGUUUGUUAUCUCGAAGAAAUUCGGCCUGGAUUGGCGGCAGUCAUUCGGAUUGCGCCUCUGGUACGCAACCGCACCGACCGACGAUGCCGCUGUGGCAGUGAGGCUAUUUCAGGAGGACAUUCAGCAAGAUCGGGAAGAGUUGCCCAAACCUUGGUACACGGAACAAGGCAUCGUGCCUCUGUGGGACGACUCGGAUUCAGCAAAUCGACAGGAUCUCCUUUGGGGCCUUCUUCAACUUUACGCGGACAGGGACGCAGACCUGGAGGCCAUCAUCCGCCCGGAGAACUCGCAGCUAUCGCCCCUCGAUACCAGACUUUGCUGGCAACUCGGCCUGGCCUUGACAUCUACAGGAAAGGUCUCAUUUGGGCAAGAUUCUGCCUCAAAGGCAGAUGCAGCUACGUUGUCAUAUGCAGCGCAGCUCACUGGUGCGGGUGAUUGGCUAGAGGCAACUUUUGUUUUGCUGCACCUCACCGACCGCACGUCUCGUAUGAAGGCAUUACAGGAACACCUUUGUCGACAUGCAGGGCUGAUCGGACCCGAAAGUGGGACAACAUUCACGCUCCUCACCGAAAAGUUCCACAUUCCCGCCGCAUGGCUGUGGGAGGCGCUGGCCCUCUACAUGCGUAGUGUGCGGAAGGACGCCUCGGCGGAGGUACACUGCUUGCUUCAAGCAGGAUCUUUCGUGGAGGCACAUCGUGUGUUGAUUAACCAAGUGGCCCCCCGUGCCAUCAUCGAGCGCGAUUACGCCAUCUUGUCUGCUCUUCUGUCACAGUUUGAUGGUCGGCAUGAGAUGGUGUCGGAGUGGAAUCAAGGCGGCGAGAUUUAUAGCCUUUUCCUCAAGCUUGUGCAACACCGAGGUAGAGGCGAGACCGCGCCAGCCGCACUCCUGGAGAAGCUUCUUGCCAAACUUGGAAUGAUGAACCGGGGCGUGGGCGACUCUGAAGUCAUGCGAUACGCUGCAGUGUCAGACAUGGCAGACGAGACGGCGAAGGAGAUCUUCAAGCAGGCCAGAAAGAAGCAGGACGCCGAACUCCGAUCCCAAAUUCUUACCCUGCCACUUACACAGGACCGCUUGCUGGCUUACUCUGUCGAUCUAAGUAUGGAGGUGUUUUGACCGUACUGCGGUACGCCGUCAGCUAGCAUGAUCGGGACAAGCAGAUAGAACGAAAGGCGCAGCAGUACUGCUCUGAGAGGGCAGAUGGCGCGAAGCACGAAGACGGCGGCAUUCAGUAUGAGGGCAAACGUGUAGUAUAGUAGAUAGCUCCAUAGCUCCGCAUAAUCAACAUGGGUUGAUUGUGACUCGAUAUUGUCUCCAAGAUUCAAAAUGAUCGUCGAAG